GUCGGAAUGUAGUGCGGAAUGCCUUGUCUGGCUGAUGUCCUUGAUAAGCACAGUGCAGAUCUCUACAGCAAGACCAACGAGACAUUGGAUUUUUAUGGCCUCUACUCUUGUCCUCACGAAUAUAUAAAUCCUCGUUUGAUCCUUUGUUUCUGUUUCCUUUCAUCGAACUUUAGCAGGCUCAACAAGUUCAGCAGUUUCAGCGAUUCUCCAAGCUUGAAUCAAAGAAUUGGGCCAUCAUGACUCACUCACACAGAAGCAAGAACUUUCACAAGAAGAAUGUGGCGGACGACGACUUUCCACCUUCGUCUUGGCUUGGAUACGGCAUUGAUCUUACAGCUGUGGGUCCCAACGACAUCAACGCUGUGACCGAAGCAAUCAUCACCACAUACGCUCUCAUUCCUAUGUCUCCGACAACUUCAGUGGUUGACGUAGCCAAUGCCAAAUGGAACAAACCUGACAAUGUGAACGUCGCUGUUGACGUUGCAUCCAGUUCCUCUUCGCUCAACUCUUGGAAGGACGGAACCUCGACAGCCGAGGCUCUCAAGACUAAUGCAUCAUUGUCUGCGCAAUACAUGGCCGUCUCGGGUGACGUAUCGAUCAGUUACUGUGUCAAUUCGUCGUUCGAGGAGGAUCGAUCUUACUCUUUGUUCAGCUACAACCAAAAUGUUGCAGAUGUCAAAUUCAAGUCUUAUGGACAAUCUAUUGAUAAGGACACUCUCGCCACCGCCAUCUCUGGCCUCAAUCUGCAAAAUUGGGAUCCUGCCAACAAAGAUGUGGUCAAUUCUUACAAGACGUUGUUCAAUGUUCUUGGCAGUCAUAUCGUUGUUGGUGCUACGUACGGAGGUAGAUUCCAAAUGGUACAUCUCAGCGUCGCUUACAACGGUCUCGUGACUUCUGGCAAGAUCGACGCUUCUGUGCAAUCGGAAGACCAGUACAAAUCAUAUUCCAAGGAGGUCAUGCAACAAGUCUCAUGCCAGGGUGGUGAUGUCAGCCUGUCCGCCAAGUUGAAUACUAGCUAUCGCGCAGAUGAUAUCUACUCAACUUUCCAACAAUGGGCCCAGAGUUCAACUCUCAAUCCUGGCGUCAUGAACCUUGAAACAACGCCUUUGUGGACGGUUAUGGCUGCCACUUUUGACCCGGAUAUUCUCAAGCACUCAAACGAUGUCAAGAGCGCAUUCUACUGGAUUUUGGAGAAUCCAGCACCACAUUGGACCAAAGGUGUCGUCACUAUCAAUUCAGAUUGGGGCGAGUUCGGUAUCACCAGUCCCAGUGCAUAUAUCAUCCAAGAUCCUGAUCUGCCUCCAACCGUUGACAAUCUCGUUUUCAGCGGCACCAAGAUCCAAUGGGGCAGAGAAUAUUCUCAUGCUUUCCAGCGAGAUGUUACAAUCAACUUCAUUAUCGUCAAUGAUGGUUCUGGCCUGAAUUUCGAGCUUUCCCAUGGAUCAGAUGGCGCUUCUUCAAAGGACGGUCGUAUCGAUGUUACUUUCAACAAUAAUACCUAUACUGCCUCGGCAGUCACGGAUAACAACUGGAACACUCAAUUCUUCUUCAACAAGCCAGUCAAUCCGAAUGAACACACCUUGACCCAGGAGACCGUCUCCACAGGUGGCUUCUCAGGCACCAGUUGGGACAAGAAGUUCAUCUACGAUACUACAGACAGACAGAGACCACAAGGCCUGACUGGACAGGGACCACACAAAAAGCAUAAAGCUCAUCAUGCCAAGUGAUGGCAGACAGCAGCAGCAACAGUCACCUCGUCUCAAAUGUGGACCAUGCGUCUGUACUAUCGCAUGCUUAGGCAAUGUGAUGUAAUGUUCUAAACUAUGUCUUUCUGUAAGAAGACUGUUCUGGAUGGCCAAAUUUUCCCGUUCGGAUCAGGAUCUUGGUACAGGUUUUCGACUGUACCAAUCAACCUGUAUCCACGUCUCUCGUACCAGGCCUGAGUGGGAAUCUAAAUCAAUGAUUAGCGUUUCUCACAGCCAACUACUCCAAAC